AUGGGUCUAAACUUGGAGGAAAUCUAUGGCAAAGAUAUAAGUGAGGUCCAAGCUCCGCACGAGUAUUCGGAGUACCAGCCAAAGAAAGGUUAUGGCUGGGCCAAUACACUGCCCGAGAGGCAGGGUCUUUAUGACCCCGAAUACGAGAAAGAUGCUUGUGGUGUAGGAUUUGCGGCCCACAUCAAGGGUAAAGCAAGCCACAAGAUUGUCAGCGAUGCUCGCAAUCUCUUGUGCAACAUGACCCACCGUGGAGCGGUUGGUUCAGACGCACGAGAUGGUGAUGGUGCCGGUGUCAUGACCAGUAUCCCCCACAAGUUUUUUAUCAAGAACUUUGCUCGUGAGGAGGGUCUGGACCUCCCUCCACUGGGUCAGUAUGCGGUUGGAAAUUUGUUCUUCAAGCCCGACGAAGAGACUGUGAAGCAAUCAAUUGCCAAUUUCGAGGAAUUGGCUACCUCACUUGGCCUGCGCGUCUUGGGAUGGCGUGAGGUCCCCCACGAUUCCACAAUUCUGGGUCCUGCGGCCUUGUCACGAGAGCCUACUAUCUUACAACCGUUUGUCGUGUUGAGAUCUGCUUAUGGCGAAGGCAACAAGCCUGAGAUUACUGACGUUGAGAAGUUUGAUGCGCGAACCUUUGAGCUCCAGCUCUACGUUUUGCGAAAGCGCGCCACCCACGUUAUUGGUAUGGGCAACUGGUUCUACCUGUGCUCGCUCAGCAACCGUAAUAUUGUCUACAAGGGUCAAUUGUCACCCGUACAAGUUUACCAAUACUACCACGAUCUCGUGAACGUGGACUACGAGGGUCACUUUGCGCUGGUCCACUCACGUUUCUCAACCAACACAUUCCCCUCUUGGGACCGUGCUCAACCGCUGCGAUGGGCUGCUCACAACGGUGAGAUCAACACUCUGCGAGGAAACAAGAACUGGAUGCGUGCCCGUGAGGGAGUCCUCCGAUCAGAGGUUUUCGGAGACGAGCUCGACCAGCUGUACCCCAUUGUUGAGGAAGGUGGAUCCGACUCGGCGGCCUUUGAUAACGUUUUGGAAUUGCUCAUGAUUAACGGUGUUCUGUCUCUGCCCGAGGCUGUGAUGAUUAUGAUUCCCGAGGCCUGGCAGGACAACCCUGCUAUGGAUCCGGCCAAGUCUGCCUUCUACGAAUGGGCAGCUUGCCAGAUGGAGCCUUGGGAUGGUCCGGCCUUGUUUACCUUCUCCGAUGGUCGGUACUGCGGUGCUAACCUUGAUCGUAACGGCCUGCGUCCGUGUCGUUUCUACGUCAUGGAUGAUGACCGGAUUGUCUGUGCCUCGGAGGUCGGUGCUAUCGAUAUUGACCCCGAGCGCGUGGUUCAAAAGGGCCGUCUGCAGCCCGGAAAAAUGCUGCUGGUUGAUACCGUGGCUGGACGUAUUAUUGAUGACUCUGAACUAAAGCAGAAGGUCGCUAAACGUGAGGACUUUGCCAGCUGGCUGGACAAGGAACUCCUCAAGCUGCCUGCGAUUGAAAAGCUGCUGGUGGAACAGAAGGUGGACCUUUCAUUCACCCUCGAUGAGAACACUGUACAGAAUGAUCCCCGUCUCCGCGCAUUCGGCUACUCCUUCGAGCAGGUCAGUUUGCUUUUGGGUCCCAUGGCUGCGGACUCCAAGGAAGCCCUUGGUUCUAUGGGUAACGAUGCUCCCCUGGCUUGUAUUGCCCAGCAACCCCGUCUCCUCUACGAGUACUUCCGUCAGCUGUUCGCUCAGGUCACCAACCCUCCCAUUGACCCUAUCCGAGAGGCUGUUGUUAUGUCCCUGGAGUGCUACGUUGGUCCACAGGGUAACCUGCUGGAAAUGGACCCUACUCAGUGCCACCGUCUGCUGCUCCCAUCACCCAUCUUGAGCAUGCCUGAGUUCAAUGCGCUGAAGAACAUCACCCGCGCCCACAGUGACUGGACUGUUCGCACUAUCGACAUCACUUUCGAGAAGAAGAAGGGCACCGAUGGCUACCUCGAGGCACUGGAUGCUAUCUGUGAUGCUACCACUGAGGCUAUCGAGAACGGCGACAAGGUUAUUGUCCUGUCUGACCGUGCCACCGGCGCUGACCGUGUUCCUAUCUCUGCCUUGCUGGCCACUGGUCUUGUUCACCACCAUUUGGUCCGCAACAAGUGGCGCUCUCUGGCUGCUCUGGUUGUUGAAACUGCUGAGGCGCGUGAGGUGCACCACCACUGUGUUCUUUUGGGUUACGGUGCCGAUGCUAUCAACCCCUACCUUGCCCUAGAAUGUAUUCUCAAGAUGAACCGCGAGAAGCUUAUCCGGAAGACCCUGCCUGAUGAGAAGAUCAUCGAGAACUACAAGGCCUCUUGCGAUGGUGGUAUUCUCAAGGUUAUGAGUAAGAUGGGUAUCUCCACCCUCCAGUCCUACAAGGGUGCGCAGAUUUUUGAGGCUCUCGGUAUUGAUGACAGUGUCAUCGAUCGCUGUUUUGCCGGUACUGCUAGCCGUAUCCGCGGUAUCACAUUUGAUCUGAUCGCUCAGGAUGCCUUCGCUUUCCACGAGCGCGGAUACCCCUCUCGUGACAUCGUUGAGAUUCCCGGUCUUCCCGAGUCCGGCGAGUACCACUGGCGAGAUGGUGGUGAGGCUCACAUCAACGACCCCACUAGCAUUGCCAACAUUCAAGAUGCUGUUCGUAACAAGAACGACAAGUCUUACGAGGCGUAUGCCAAGGCAGAGCAUGAGCAGAUCAAGAACUGCACUCUGCGUGGUAUGCUGGACUUUGACUUUGAGCAGCGUAACUCGAUUCCUGUUGACCAGGUUGAGCCCUGGACUGAGAUUGUCCGUCGCUUCGUGACUGGUGCUAUGUCCUACGGAUCUAUUUCCAUGGAAUCCCACUCCACCCUCGCCAUCGCGAUGAACCGAUUGGGCGGAAAGUCCAACACCGGUGAAGGUGGUGAAGAUGCCGAGCGUAGUGACCGUAUGGAGAACGGAGAUACCAUGCGCUCUGCUAUUAAGCAGAUUGCUUCUGGUCGUUUCGGUGUGACAUCUAACUACCUGGCUGAUGCUGAUGAGCUGCAAAUUAAGAUGGCUCAGGGUGCUAAGCCCGGUGAGGGUGGUGAGUUACCUGGUCACAAGGUCCUGGGCCCUAUUGCCCGUACUCGUCACUCCACACCCGGAGUCGGUUUGAUCUCGCCUCCACCUCACCACGAUAUCUACUCUAUCGAGGAUCUCAAGCAAUUAAUCUACGAUCUUAAGUGCUCGAACCCACGUGCUCGUAUCUCCGUCAAGCUUGUCUCUGAGGUCGGUGUUGGUAUCGUCGCUUCGGGUGUCGCAAAGGCCAAGGCUGACCACAUUCUGAUCUCUGGUCACGAUGGUGGUACCGGUGCCUCGCGAUGGACUGGUAUCAAGUAUGCUGGUCUUCCUUGGGAGUUGGGUCUUGCGGAGACUCACCAGACUCUGGUGCUUAAUGAUCUUCGUGGUCGUGUUGUUGUGCAGACUGACGGUCAGCUUCGUACUGGUCGUGAUAUUGCUAUUGCCUGUCUGCUCGGUGCUGAAGAGUUUGGUUUCGCCACUACUCCCUUGAUCGCUAUGGGUUGUGUGUUCAUGCGAAAGUGCCAUCUCAACACUUGCCCCGUUGGUAUUGCAACCCAGGAUCCUGAGCUCCGUAAGAAGUUCAAGGGUACACCCGAGAAUGUCAUCAACUUCUUCUUCUAUGUUGCCAACGAAAUGCGUGCUAUCAUGGCCAAGCUGGGUGUUCGCACCAUUAACGAAAUGGUUGGUCGCGCCGAGCUGCUCAAGGUCCGGGAUGAUAUCCGCACCCAGAAGCAGGAGCGCAUUGAUCUCUCCCUUAUUCUGACCCCCGCUCACUCGCUUCGUCCCGGUGUCGCCACCUACAACGUCCGCAAGCAAGACCACCGUCUUCACACUCGCCUUGAUAACAAGCUGAUUGCCGAGUCUGAACUUGCUCUGGAGAAGGGUCUCCCCUGCCGCAUUGAGUGUGAUGUUGUCAACACUGAUCGUGGUAUGGGUGCUACCUUGUCUUACCAGAUCAGCAGACGCUAUGGCGAAGCGGGUCUUCCUCAGGAUACCAUCCACGCCAACAUCAAGGGUUCUGCUGGUCAGUCCUUCGGUGCAUACCUCGCCCCCGGUGUCACCCUGGAGCUUGAGGGUGAUGCCAAUGACUACGUUGGUAAGGGUCUCUCUGGUGGACGUCUGAUCGCCGAAGAGAACGUCAUCGUGGGUAACACUUGUCUUUACGGUGCUACUCGCGGUACUGUCUACUUCCGUGGUCUGGCUGCUGAGCGUUUCGCCGUUCGUAACUCCGGUGCCACUGCUGUUGUUGAGGGUGUUGGUGACCACGGUUGUGAGUACAUGACUGGUGGUCGUGUCCUCGUCCUGGGCUCUACUGGUCGUAACUUUGCUGCUGGCAUGUCCGGUGGUAUUGCUUACGUUCUGGACAAGUACCAGGAUUUCCACUCCAAGAUCAACUUGGAGAUGGUUGAGGUCUCUGGUAUUGAGGACCCCUCUGAGAUUGCAUUCGUUCGCGGUUUGAUCGAGGACCACCACCACUACACCGGAUCUGAGCUCGCCGCCCGUAUCCUCCUUGACUUCAACCGUGCUCUGCCUCACUUCGUCAAGGUCCUUCCUACUGACUACAAGCGUGUCAUGGAGGAAGAGGCUGCCAAGGCUGAAGCUGCGAAGAAGGCCGAGUUCUCCAUUCCUCAGCUCCCUAGCACCCCUGUGGGCGAGAAGACCAAGCACAAGACCGAGGAGAAGAAGGCUGAUUUGCUGGACAUUGAGGAUAGUAUCAGCGAUGCUAAGACAGAGAAGAAGCGUUCUACAUUAAUUCUGGAUAAGACUCGUGGUUUCAUGAAGUACAGCCGUCGCAGCGAGAAGUACCGCAACCCUACCACUCGUACCCGGGACUGGGCUGAGCUGUCCAACCGCCUGAGCGAGGAUGAGCUGAAGUAUCAGUCUGCUCGCUGCAUGGACUGUGGUGUUCCUUUCUGUCAGUCUGACACCGGUUGUCCGAUCUCUAACAUCAUUCCCAAAUGGAAUGAAUUGGUAUUCCAGAAUCAAUGGCAGGAUGCGCUAAACCGUCUGCUCAUGACUAACAACUUCCCCGAAUUCACUGGCCGUGUCUGUCCCGCACCUUGUGAGGGUGCCUGUGUGCUCGGAAUCAAUGAAGACCCCGUUGGUAUCAAAUCCAUCGAGUGCGCUAUCAUUGACCGUGGCUUCGAGAUGGGCUGGAUGGUUCCUCGUCCUCCUCAGACACGCACAGGCAAGACUAUUUCCAUUAUUGGAUCUGGACCCGCUGGUAUGGCUGCCGCUGACCAGUUGAACCGUGCCGGCCACUCGGUUACUGUUUAUGAGCGUGCUGAUCGUGUUGGCGGUCUCCUCAUGUACGGUAUUCCCAACAUGAAGCUGGACAAGAAGGUCGUUCAGCGCCGUGUUGAUCUCAUGGCUGCUGAGGGGAUCAAGUUUGUCACUGGCACAGCUGUUGGUCCUGACAGUGAUGUGACUCUGCAAUCUCUUCGUGCUACUAGCGAUGCUGUUAUCAUCGCUACUGGUGCUACCGUGGCUCGUGAUCUCAAGGUUCCCGGACGUGAGCUCGAUGGUGUUCACUAUGCCAUGCAGUUCCUGCACAAGAACACCAAGUCCCUUCUUGACUCUGGUCUUGCUGAUGGCGAGUACAUCUCCGCGAAGGACAAGCACGUCGUUGUCAUUGGUGGUGGUGAUACUGGAAAUGACUGUAUCGGUACAUCGGUCCGUCACGGCGCGAAGUCUGUAACCAACUUCGAGCUCUUGCCACAGCCUCCCCCAGAGCGUGCCAACGACAACCCUUGGCCCCAGUGGCCUCGUAUCUACCGUGUUGAUUACGGUCACUCGGAGGUGAAGACACACAUGGGCAAGGAUCCCCGUGAGUACUGUGUGAUGUCUACCGAGUUCGUUGGAGACGACAGCGGCCACGUCCGUGGUAUCAACACCGUCCGUGUUGAGUGGACCAAGAGCUCGACUGGUGGAUGGGACAUGAAGACCGUUGAGGGUAGCGAGCAGUUCUUCCCCGCUGACCUUGUUCUCUUGUCAAUGGGUUUCCUGGGUCCCGAGGACCGUCUUCUUGGUGAUGAGAUUGCCCGUGAUCAGCGUAAGAACGUGAAGACUCCUCCUGGUCACUACUCGACCAACAUCCCCGGAGUCUACGCAGCUGGUGAUUGUCGUCGUGGACAGUCUCUGAUUGUUUGGGGUAUCAACGAAGGUCGUCAAUGCGCUCGGGAGGUUGAUUCCGCCCUCAGUGGAAUCAGUUCCCACCUUCCCGUUACUGGUGGAAUCGUCCGUCGACCAGCCAUCGACUCAGUACCCCAGCUAGCAGAGACUCAAGUCAUCGCCUAG